GUUUUGGAUAAUAACUAAGUUUCGAUAUCUCGCGGCCAAUAUUAUCUAACCCUUUUUUGACCAAUCUUCGAAGUGCUAGUGCUCUUCAUCUUCUCGUAACUACUCAUCAUGGCUUUCAAUCAGCUAAAAGCCUAUUACCUUUUCCAAAAAAAGCACCAGCAGGAUCCUCAAGACUUGUUCGACGAAUGGGAAAAGAUACUCAAAAAGGGCCAAAAUCCGAAUGAAGACUGGGGCAGCAGGUUUGAAAGGAGAUGCUCGUCUCCUCUGUUUAGAGCAGUUUUGAAUAACGACCAUAACUCGGAAGGUCGAACACCCCUUCAAGAAGCUAUCAUCGAACAUCAUGGCACCGUCGUUCAGCUUCUCUUAGACCGGGGGGCUAAACUUGACACCCCGAUUCUCUCUAAGUUUUUAUUUGGAGGACACUGUUGACAUGCGGUGCCAGCUCACGAUCAAGAACGCAUGUGGGUUGGACACCAUUGG